GCCGAUUUGAAUGCAUUUUUAACCCUGAGCCGGAGCUCCGGCAAGAGGGAAGGCUGCAUGCUGUAAACGUGAAGCAGCCCUUUGUUGCUUUGGCCUGGGCUUUUCCCGCCGCUCAGCCACCCUGCUCGCUUGCAUUUUCUGUGCCGUUUAAAAAAUGCGAACCCCCUUUUCAGCCUGCAAAUGCAAACGAGCACACAGCAGCUAUUGUGUGUGUGUGUGAGAGAGAGUGUGUGUGUGUGUAUGUCUGCGGGUUUCUCCGCGGCUACGGCGUGCAGACAAGCUGUGUGAUCGUUUCAUGGCCAGGCCCAAGCAGUGGUCACAGCAACUACAGCAAACGGGCCUCUAAACGUGGUCGGUGCGGGAAGGGAGCAGCAGGUUCAGAUCGAAAAGCUGAGGAAACAUGAGCGACAAGGGGACAGUUUCACCAAAAGAGAAGGAGGCAGCAGAAAAAAGAGGGCGUGGAAGACCCCGUAAGCAGCCCCAGGUAAAAAGCUCUGACGAACCGAGCGGGUCUCCAACUCCAAAGAGGCCCAGAGGACGGCCGAAGGGCAGCAAAAACAAGACAACUGGCAAGGGCAAAAAGGCAGCAGCAGCCCCAUCUGCAGGAGGAAAGCGUAGAGGAAGGCCUAAGAAGGAGGAGAAAGAAGAAAAGGCAUCCCAAGAAUCAUCUGAGGAAGAGGAGGAAGAGGACCAGUAAUCCAACGCAUGCUACCUCACUCAACAUACUGACUUACUGUUAACCAGAACUGGGCUGUAAAUCCAACACCAGUGCCACCAUAUGACCACUGCUUACGACAAAGCCCCCUUAACCAAAGGCGGGUUAACACAGUACAUAAAUCAUGCAGCAGCACUGGAUAGAAAGAUGGACUUGCUCAAGCAUAGAUCUGAAAAGUUACAUGAAAGGUAACAGCCCUUUUCUCUACAUGUCAUCUUAUCAUAAGUCUUUUAUACUGGACAAAGUGUGCUCUGAGGAGCCUGGAUGUUUGUUUUCUUCUUUUCUCCCCUAAAGAUGGUUUCUAGGACAUUUUCUCUGCUUAACGUUAUUUGUUGUACCUGCAUCUGAGAUGGUAGGGCAUAUAGAAUUUUCAGCUUCUUUUGUACUGGACAAAGGUGAAUUUUACCUAUUUUGGCUUUUUUUUUUUUUUUUUUUUUUUUUUUCUCUGUUAAGUGUGUUCGUGUGAGAUGGUUAACCUCCUUUUGAGUCAUACCAUAGAUGGACUUGAGCUUCAGCAUUUAGGAUGAAAAUAUGUGACUGAUGGUUAAAGUGUCUGUUUCCAAUUCUAACUGAUUUUUACCCUGAUUAGAGCAUCUUUACCCUCUUUCCUGUAGGACAGUUUAGAUUUAGUAAUUCUUAAAACUUUCUCAGUCCUCCAGCGUGUAGUGGGGGGACGUAGUGUAUCGUUAGUCUUCAGACUUACACUUUUUUGUUUAUUUUGUUACAUACAAUUUUAAAAAAAUAAACGUGUGCUGCUUUUCAUAUUAAACUCAAUUCUUUUGGUAUUUUUUUUUAAGGAUAGCAUUAUAGCGUUGGCAGAGUUCUAGGCUGAAAGUUAUCAGUGUCGUUUCUUCAGGGAGCUUUUACAAAUGCUGUUACAUUGGUGUAUGUCCUCACACAGUCCUCCGUUUUCUUUUUCUCUAAGCGCUCAUUUGAUCACCUGUAAAACAAACUGACAUUGGUUAAACAAGGAGUUUGUAGUGGUGGAUAGUUGGUGGCACUGCUAUCCAACAGGGCUGUACGGUCUUCAUUCCAUCUUCGCUCUCACUGCUUCGUCAUUCUGUCCUUCCUUAGCACCGUAAUAAAGAUUUUAGUCUUCUGAAAUGUGUGUUGUAUGCUGUCUGCUGCAAAGAAAUAAAAAAUGUAUUUUCUAAGUGUCAGGGAACCUGCGUUCACAGUCCAAUUAACUGGGUUUUUCCACACACCUAAGCUGCUACAACCUGAGUUACAAAACCCGGAAAACUGCAAACGGGCAACGCAACGCCUGGAAACUCAUACCUCACUCAACAGCUUUCUUUACCAUAUGAUUGCAUUUAACUGGUUUUUUUGCUUAAUGUAACCUCUGGCAUGAAUUGAUGUCAUUAUUACAAAGUUGUCUUUUUUUUUUUCUUUUUUUUCCUUAAUUUAAAUUGACUGUAACCAAGGUAUCUAAGAUUUCGAACGUGUGAUUGUGUGUAUUCACCUCUGGCUCGUUCAUAAUCAGAGCUUGCAGACAGGUUGUUUUUAAAUGUGUGAAGCAAGUCAGGGAGACCUGUCAGCUUGACAACUGUGUUCGAUGACUGUGGUAGAUUAGCAGGUGUGUUUUUAUCCUUUUUUUUUUUUUCUGGUGCACUGAAAUGUUGGUUCAGAUUUUCAUGGACGAAAUGUGUUUGUGUAGACUGGGCGCUCUUUUCACUGUUCUGUUGGCCACUGUCUGGCAUUACCGUACACACACACAAACACACACACCCAUACCAUAUUCAUGGUCGUACAGUCGUCUCACAUAUUUCAUUCUCUUCCAACUUCUCGACAAUGUAGUCAUUUUCCAUAGCAACAUGCAUCCGUUGAUUUUAUAUACUGUAAACUCAAUAGGAUGGGAUCAUUCUUUUUAAUGUACACGUAUAUAAAUGUACAAUGUCUAUAUUUCUAUGGUGCCCUACAAUUUGUAUCGGAAAUGGUCAAUAAAGAGAAUUUUCUUUGUCA